UUCAGUCUUCUGUUGUUGGUUCUCUUAAAUGCUAACUCUAAGUUUGGUUAUGUAAGUCUUCUGGAAAAAUGUAAUUUUAUGUCAAAUGUCAAUCUUCUUCAUCGCGCUUUUCACACACCACGCUUAGCAAAGCGUGAUAUCUUUUGCUCUCAUAACCAAACUGUUUAUGAACUGGAUGUGCUGGAUAUUUGUCUUCAAACGGGUUUGGCAACUUUGCUAGCAGAAGUGAAAACAUUUUCAGAGUUUUAUUGUGUGUCGUUUUACACCAGGAUGUAAUAAGAUUCUUUAAAUAAUAAUAAUAAUAUUAAUGAAGUUUUUUUAUAGUACAUAUUAUAGAAUCUUUCUAGCUGCCAAUGCAGGAAUUUAGGUGGUUAAAAACAAUGGGAAACCUUGAACAUGGAACCUGUUGUAAACUACAGUAACAUUUUGAUCAAGACUUACCCGUGCAGCUCCAUGAAGACUGAAUAAAGAAUGGAGACCACACAAACAUUCAGCGAUGGAGAUUUUUCUCCAGGAUGCAGUCAGAGAUCGAACCCACCGGAGCCCAGCUGUGUGUCCAUGAAGAGUGACAAGUCUAUAAAAAAGCCAGUAAAAUUUAAGAAAACACACAAAUCAACUGAUCUGAGUCACAGUCAGAGAUCAAACUCACCGGAGCCCAGCUGUGUGUCCAUUAAGAGUGAAAACUCUAUAAAAGUGCCACUAAAAUUUGAGGGAAGACACACAUCCACUAAUCUGAGGCAGAGAUCAAACCCACCGGAGUCCAGCUGUGUGUCUAUGAAGAGAGCCUGGUCUAUGGAAGAGCCAACUGAUCUCAGAUUGAAAUCAAAUCUUCUGAAGAAGUUUCAGUGUCUGUAUGAAGGAACAGCAAAGCAGGGAAACCCAACACUCCUGAAUGAGAUCUACACAGAGCUCUACAUCACAGAGAGUGAAAGUGGAGAGAUCAAUAAAGAGCAUGAGGUGAAACAGAUUGAAUCACAAUCCAGGAGAGCAGCAACACAGGACAUGCCAAUCAAAUGCAAUGACAUCUUUAGACCUUUACCUGGACAAGGCAAACCCAUCAGAACUGUGCUGACAAAGGGAGUCGCUGGCAUUGGAAAAACAGUCUCUGUGCAGAAGUUUGUUGUGGACUGGGCUGAAGGGAAAGAGAAUCAGGACAUCCAGCUCAUAUUUCCACUUCCUUUCAGAGAGCUCAACUUGAUAAAGGACAAAACACUCAGUCUUUCAAAUCUUCUUUCUGUCUUUUUCCCUAAAAUCAAAGAAAUGGAAAUAUCCAGUAAUGAACAUAAAGUCUUGUUCAUCUUUGAUGGUCUGGAUGAGUGUCAUCUAUCUCUGAAUUUUAAUGUGAAACUGUGUAAUAUAUCUGAAACAGCCUCAGUAGAUGUGCUGCUGACGAAUCUCAUUGCAGGGAAUCUGCUUCCCUCUGCUCUCAUCUGGAUCACCUCCAGACCAGCAGCAGCUGAUCUCAUCCCCUCUGAGUGUGUCCAUCGAGUGACAGAGGUAAGAGGCUUCAAUGAGCCACAGAAGGAGGAAUACUUCAGAAAGAGAAUCAUUGAUCAGAGUCUGGCCAAUACAAUCAUCACACACCUGAAGUCAUCAAGGAGCCUCUACAUCAUGUGCCACAUCCCAGUGUUCUGCUGGAUCUCAGCCACUGUUCUAGAGAAGAUGUUGAGUGAAGCAGAGAGUGGAGAGAUUCCCAAGACUCUCACUCAAAUGUACACACACUUCCUGAUCAUUCAGACCAAUAUCAAACAUGAGAAGGACUAUGAGAAGACAGUGAAGGAUGAAGACAUGAUUCUCAAACUAGGGAAACUGGCUUUUAAGCAGCUUUUAAAAGGCAACCUGAUCUUCUAUGAAGAAGACCUGAGAGAGUGUGACAUUGAUGUGACAGAAGCAUCAGUGUACUCAGGAUUGUGCACUCAGAUCUUCAGAGAGGAAUUUGGCUUGUAUCAGUGGAAAGUCUACUGCUUUGUUCAUCUGAGCAUCCAGGAACAUCUAGCAGCUCUAUACACACAUCUCUCCCUUACAAACAACUGCAUAAAUGUGUACUGGGUGUCAUUUAAUCCAUUAUCUGGCCUGCAUCAGAGAGCUGUGGAUGAGGCUUUACAGAGUAAGAAUGGACAUCUAGAUCUUUUCCUGCGUUUCCUUCUGGGUCUCUCAUUGGAGUCCAAUCAGACUCUUUUACAAGAACUACUGACACAAACAGAAAGCUACUCCUACAGCAAAGAGGAAACAGUUGAAUACAUCAAACAGAAGAUCAGGGAGAAUCCCUCUCCAGAGAGAUCCAUCAAUCUGUUCCACUGUCUGAAUGAACUGGGUGAUGAUUCACUGAUGCAGGAGAUCCAAGAUUAUCUGAGAUCUGGAGAAAUAGGAAAAACCAAACUCUCCUCUUCACAGUGGUCAGCUCUGGUUUAUGUGUUGCUGACACCAGAAAAGGGUAUGGAUGAUUUUCAUCUAAAAAAGUUUAUUGGAGCACAAAAUACAGCAGAUGAAGUUCUUCAGAAGUUGCUGCCUGUGGUUAAAGAAUCCAAAUCACUUCAGUUGAGUGAUUGUGGUGUCACAGAUGAAGGUUGUACUGCUCUGGCUUCAGCUCUGAGAUCAAACCCUUCACACCUGCGAGAACUGGAUCUGUCUGGAAAUAAACUAGGAGACUCAGGAGUGAAGCUGCUCUCUGAUGGACUGAAAGAUCCUCACUGUAAACUGGAAAGACUGAGGUUGAGUGAUUGUGGUGUCAGAGAUGAAGCAGCCGCUGCUCUGGCUUCAGCUCUGAGAUCAAACCCCUCACACCUGAAAGAACUGGAUCUAUCAUGGAAUAAACUAGGAUCAUGGAAUGAACUAGGAGCAUCAGGAGUGAAUCUGCUCUCUGAUGGACUAAAGGAUCCUCACUGUAAACUGGAGAUACUGAGAUUGAGGGACUGUGGUGUCACAGAUGAAGGUUGUGCUGCUCUGGCUUCAGCUCUGAGAUCAAACCCCUCACACCUGAGAGAACUGGAUCUGUCAUUGAAUAAACUAGGAGUGUCAGGAGUGAAUCUGCUCUCUGAUGGACUGAAGGAUCCUCACUGUAAACUGGAGAUACUGUGGUUGAGUGAUUGUCGUGUCACAGAUGCAGGUUGUGCUGCUCUGGCUUCAGCUCUGAGAUCAAACCCCUCACACCUGAGACAUCUGAAUCUGUCAUGGAAUAAACUAGGAGAACCAGCUCUGAAUCAGCUCUCCGAUCUGCAGGGUGAUCCACAUUAUGAACUGAAGACGUUUCUAUAUUAGCCUGACCUUCUCUGGAUCAGCUGAUGGUGAAUAAAGAGCCACUACAGACACAUCACAAUCAACAGACACAAACUCAUAGUGAUCCUCACACAUGGAUGUGUUUGUGUAACUUUAAUGAUCCAAUCCUUGAUC